UCUCGCCUGGUUGCGCAGCGUGAUCGUGCCCGCACGCUGGUUCGUCUGGCAGAGAUUGCGAAGAACGAAAAGGGCCUGUAUCGGAGAGGUAUACCAGCGAACGAAACACUAGAUGCUUGUGGACAAGAUGCUUCGGAUAAGAACGCUGGAGCACCAGCUGCAAAGUCAACCGAGCCUAAUGAGGUGGGAGGAGCAACUUCGGCUAGCAGUUGUAUCAGAGGUUCGAUAGGAAGUGGAAAAAGUGCCAUGUCUUCUAGGAGAAAUGGCGAACGCGUUCGUGUUGAAAAUAUUAUGCAAUUAGUGCGGUGUUUUCGUCCCGAAAUUUCCGUGUCGAAGAGCCACCGUGGACGGGGCAAAAAGGGUAAAAAGAGGAGGCUAUCCUCAAAAGCAUCGUCGAGGACAUCAAGCAGUGCUGGAGGACUUUCGAAUGUAUCGUCAGUGCUACAAAAUGGUGGUGUUCAUGCUCUAAGCGGGGGCGGAGCAAGCUCGUGCUCGAGCGGGUCCUCCAGUUCGCAAGAUAUAGGUGAAAAAACGUCUAUUGCGACAUUGUUAUCACUAGCGGGAUGGAGGGUCCGCCGAGCCGGAGAGAUAGCCAGAGUUGGUGCUAAUUCAGCGCCGAAGCGCAGUCGGCGAGAGGACGCGGAGGAGCGCCUCGCAGAGCAGAAGAUUUCCAGCUCUGCCGUUGGCAUCAAGGAUGGCUCUGCAAGAAUAUCUGCUGGAGGCAGCGAACCAGAAGCGCCUGCCGUUCGAGUUCGCCUGCUUUCUGAAGAGGAGAGCCACUCGCCGUCGAGGAAGGCGCGAAAGCACUCGCCGAGGUUAAGUGCUGCCGCACAUAAUUAUGUUGUACCCGAUGGAGCUAGUACAGGAUCGCUUAAACGGGCACAACUUUCAGAAGACAGCAAGACAUCGCCACCUGUGCGCCUGCUGUCUGACGACAUAGUCACGAAGUCUCCAAAGCGAAAGCUUUCGUCUGGCCCAGGCUCGCCAGGGCAUCAGAAGUUGCGAAGAAGCAAUGCAACAGCUUCACCGCCAAAACCUUCUGCAGAGGACACUUGUAGGACGCGAAUUACUGCCCUCGGCGAGAUGUGUCCGCGGAUGGAGGCCACGAAGCGAGGCAAGGGGGGCAAGCAGCUUGUUACUUUUCAGCUCGUCGAUUGCGCAGACGUUCUCGGACUAGUCGGGAUGAAACUUUCAGUCGCCGAAGAACAGUACAAGGAACUGGUGCAACGUGCGCAUGCGCGGUUGGCUGACGUGAAAAUGGUAUUAAUUAGAUCAUACUUCUUGGCUUUUCCGUGCUUUUACCGUUACAUACAUUCUUUCACAACUCUCCACCAAGAGAUGGCUUGAAAUGUACUUGAGGUUGCCAUAAGCAAGAAGAAAUAAUCUGAUUUUUUGUUCUGAUGUUUUUAUUCACUGUGAUUUGCUAUGCACAUCAGCAAUCCGAUGCGGGGAGCGUCGCAGCAUCGGACGAGCCUUUAAGUGGUGAGGACUUGGUCCUCGUAACAGCGUUUUCUUAUCUGGUUGCUAGCGGAAGUCUCUAUUGGGGUUUUGGGCCGCGAGUUUAUGAAUACGUUCGCGACGAGCUGAGUGGAGCAGUGGAGGCUUACGCGUCCCCGUUUAACCACACGCUGCCGCGUUUUUGCAGUCCCUUCUCUCUUGACCGGUUUUUCGGCUCUCUCGGCAGUUUUUAUGAUGUUGACUGGCAGAGUGUGCUGCCCACACUGGUGCAACUGGAGGGUGGAGAUGUCGAGACAAAAGAGUCUGCGAAAAGACGACGGCUUGAGGACGGGAGCGCAAAUGAAGUGCAAGAAGGAGGGAGACGGGCCUCGGAUCAUUCUCAAAUGGAGAAUUUAGUCACGAUCAUAGCGAAUCCACCCUACAUCGAAGCCGAAAUCCAGUUCUGCGCUGACUUCGUAAAUAAGAUUGGCAGCAUUUUUGAGACCCUAAACAACAGCACCGAGGAAAGUCGAAGGCCGAAAAAAGAUCUCCUUAUUCUUAGUAUAUGCCCAGACUGGCGUCCAGCCCCUUGCAUCGUAAGCCUGCAGGAGGCAGCCAGCAAGGUCUAUGAACGGGUCUUGCCUCCGAAACAGCACGGGUAUUAUAACUACCAGUCGUGUGAAUUCGUCAAGGCCACAUUUCCAAGUCUUGCUUUUGGCUUUCAAUGGUUGAAAAAAGGAAAUCGAGAACAAGAGGAGCAAAUCUCGAACGAAAGGAAUGCUCAUCUUGAUAAAAAAGGUUCUCUGGAGAAGGUUUUGGGUGUACUUUUCAAGCAUAUGGGAGAGGACCCACGGAAACAUCGAUAAAGUUUUAGCUCACCAUUUCUUUUUUCUGCGCAGAAGUAAAUGUCACUCUCUAGCUAUCAAGCAAUCUCGACAGGAGACCAGAAUGGGCACCCUAGAAAUCUAAGCAUCCGGAGUUGCUCAGUACCUAGUAAUUUUUAUGGUCCGUUGACAAGUCAGGACCGCAAAGCUUCGAUCGCUGAAAAUGCGAGAGUGAAUAGAUGAGAAAGAGGGGACAUUGAAGUCCAGGGAUCCUAAAAUGAGUGUGCA